CACUCUCUCUCAACAAUGUCAGCCCCAGGCCCACCCCGCCACAAUCGCCGCCCGAAUGACCGCCCAAGCGGGGGGAACGCAAAGAAGCCGCGCCCGAACGCCAGCGCGACGUCCACGCCGGCGCUGACGCCCGGUCAGAUGACCCCCGCGCCAGUGCAGCAGAGCACGAUUGCGAGCGCGACUACGCAGACGCGCUUCGCCGAGUUUGACGGCCUCAGCCCUCAGCUUUUGGCCAACAUUCCUUUCGAGUUCUGUACCGAGGUGCAAGCCGCCACGCUGCCGACCAUUAUCAAGGGCCUCGACGUGCUCGCGCAGGCCAAGACGGGCACGGGCAAGACGCUCGCGUUCCUCGUGCCCGCGCUGCAGCGCCUCGUGACGGCGCGCAACCCCUCCGGCGUGUCGAUCCUCGUGCUCUCGCCGACGCGUGAGCUCGCGCAGCAGAUUGCCGUUGCCGCCGAGGGGUUGCUGGGCGGUGCGUUCGCGGGCCACUUUGGCGUGCAGUGCGUUGUGGGCGGCACCAACGUCAACACGGACAUCAAGAACCUCAAGACGCGCCGCGCCGACGUGCUCGUCGCCACGCCGGGCCGCAUGAUUGACUUGUUGGAGAACAGCGACCUCAAGGCGCGCCUUGGCGGCCUGCCCACCCUCGUGCUUGACGAGGCGGACCGACUCCUCGAUGCCGGGUUCCGCCGCGAGCUGCUCAAGAUCCUUGAGGCGCUGCCUGACCGCCGCGCAGUCCCCCGCCAGACGCUCCUGUUCUCGGCUACCCUGCCCGCCGAGGUGCACUCGAUCUCGUCGAUCGCCCUGCUCCCCGACCACCGCUUCAUUUCGACCCUCAAGGACGAGGAUGUCAACGCCCACAAGCACGUCGUGCAGGAGAGCCUGGUUGUUGAGCCCAAGGACGUUAUCGCGGCGACCGUUGAGGUGCUCAGACGCGAGGAGAUGCUUGCCGGCGAGCGCGGCGGAUUCAAGGUCAUGGUCUUCCUGCCCACCGCCCGCGCCGCUGGCCUCUACUACGAGAUCUUUGCUGCCCUGCCCACUGGCUGGCCCGUGUGGGAGAUCCACAGCCGUCUCUCGCAGUCGAAGCGCACCAAGGCGACUGACGAGUUCCGCGCCGCGGACCGUGGCGUCCUCUUCUCCUCGGACGUGACUGCCCGUGGUAUCGACGUCCAGGGUGUGACCGGUGUCGUCCAGGUCGGCCUUCCCUCUAGCGGCGAGCAGUACGUCCACCGCCUCGGCCGUACCGCCCGUGCCGGUGCCCAGGGCCACGGUGUCCUCGUCCUCGCCGACUUUGAGACCUUCUUCCUCAGCGACAAGACGAUCAAGACGUUCACGCUGCACCAGUACCCUCCCAUCGACCCGCCUGUCCUCUCUCACGCCCACGCGUUAGUCGACCAGGCGCUCAACUCGGUGUCGGAGGAGUCCAAGGGCCAGGCGUACCAGGCCUGGAUGGGCUACUACAACUCCAACCUGCGCAACCUGAGGUGGAAGCAGACCGACCUGGUCGCCAACGCCAACGCGUAUGCUCGGGACGUGCUUAAGACGCGGGACGGCCAGCCGCCUGGACUGCUCGCCAAGACUGUGGGCAAGAUGGGCCUGAAGGGUGUCCCGGGGCUGCGUAUCGUCAAGCCGGACGACCUUCCUGGAGGUGGUGGCGGUGGACGUGGUGGCCAGCAGGGCGGUCAGGGCCAGAGGCAGAAGCAGCAGCAACAGCAGCAGGUUAAGCAGGAGCAGGCACCUCACCAGCAGCAGCAGCAGCCCCGCGGAGGAGGCGGAGGAGGAGGACGCGGUGGGGGCGGUGGCCGAGGCCGUGGUGGUCGUGGCCGCGGAGGACGUGGACGUGGCGGCCCUCCUGGGGCCUAA